CCCCUGCCCGUCUGCACAGAAAACAACCGUGCCCACCAACCCCCAUGCUUGGUUCCUUAGCGACAACUUUUUGAGCAAUUGAGAUUUUGCUUGUGCUGGUCCUAUCCCGAAAACCAUACAUAAUCCCACAACCAGCCUCCCGAGGCAGACAACGACCAUGGACAAGCUGAUCCGGCGGACCCGGAUGGUCGAGCGCCAAGCCGCGCGGCGGCUGGCCCGGGUACGCGACCUCAACCGUCGGAACCGGAAAACCGAGUUGAGGGAGGAGCGGAAGCACCUCAGCGGCGAGGUCGGAUAUCAGCUCGGCGCCGCCAUCAAGGCCCGCCACGAGGACUGGGAGCUGGGCCCCCUGGCCCCGCGCCGCGACGUUCCCGUCCUCGACAACCCUCACGUCGUGCAAUGGGGCUCCAUCUCUUCGCGUCGCGCCACGCCGCACCAACCGCUCCCCCCGGCCCAGCUCAAUGCCCGGUGUGCCUGGGCCGGCGGGGCGAAGUACCUGUGCCUGAAAAAGAAGGAUCGGGUCGCUGUAAUCGAUGGCUGGCUGAAGGGGAAGAUUGGUGUGGUGGGCGACAUCCACAAGGACCAGGGAACCUUGCUUCUGGGCGAUAUUGCAAAGACUAACGUAACACUCCCCGAAUAUACGCUCCCGGAGGAGCUAAAGGACGCCAAAAUCCAGACCUUCGAGACCCCAAUCCCCAUCUCGGCCGUCCGUCUUGUCUAUCCGCUCAAGGAUGAGGAGACUGGCGUCGUCCGAGACGUCGUCAUCAAGCAACUCAAACCCAUAAACAUACACCACGACCGCCCGACCGAGGAAGUCACAUGGGAUAGGUUCGUGCCGGGCCUCAACGUCGAGAUCCCGUGGCCGACCAAGGUCGAGGAGGAAGUUGUGGACGGCCCCCACGACACCCUGCGCAUAGACGUGGAGGAGAGGACGUUCGUGCCGACCCUCCUGCGGCCCCCGAUACCCGAGACGGUAGUAGACGAGCUGCGGAACCAGUACAGCAAGUUCCGCACGCGGCACACGCCCGAGUACAUUGCCAAGAAGGAGGCCGAGGAGGCCGAGAAGAAGGCCCGCGUCGACAGCGUCAAGUCCAUGCUCACGCCGCUCCAGGAGUUCAACAGGCAUCGGCGCGAGCUGCGGAGGGCGAGGGGCCAGCCCGAGCUCACCGAUGAGAUGCUCGAGAAGAUCGGCCAGAUCAUGGCCAAGAACCAGGGGCGGGCCCCGCGGGUGGCGAGUGGGACGAGCGAGAUCGAGAGCGGCGUGGGUUCCAUCUCUUUGGAGACCCCGUCAGAACCGCCGGCAGAGACUCGGCCACCCGCCUCAUAGGGGAAUAGUAGUAGUAGUAUUAUAUCAGAUGUAUUGUACCAUAUCGAAACUGUAUACCAAUUCAUCAUGUAUCAAACCCCUGAAUAUUAAAUAAAUGGCUAGAGAAGGUACACACAAAAAGGAUCCCUGACUGUCAGUU